AUGGACUUGUUCGAGGGGCGGCAGCACGUCAAUCCCACGGUGUACUGUGCCCCGACGCUCAUCGAGCACGUGAGUAAGGAGUUAGAGAAGGAGUCGCAGAUCCAGAAGCAAGUGGUCGUGGCCGUGGGGGCGGCUUUUUCGAGCAUCAGCGGUGGAUGUGACUAUUCUGGCGAGAGUUCGCCAGCAGUUCCCCUGGACGAGUCUCUGCUGUCGCUCAGGUUAAGGCUCGAGGCCGGAGAGAAGCUGCAUGUAGGUCAGUACGAUUUAAAGGCUAUGUGGAUGAAGCAGCUGCUCCCCGACAUUCCGAGCACUGGAGGGAUGGUGCGACCUCGGCAUGCUGUCGUGCCGAUGGGUUGGGCCCACGCGCUGUACUGGUGCCAGACCAUACACGAGAGGUCGAUGUCGUCGGAGUCGGGGGAGAUCUACUGGGGCUCAGCGUCUCGGGAGAUGGUCGAAUCUUACCGCGACACGAAAGGUAUUCAGAUCGGCGGCACUUCUUGGGUGGAGGUCGCGCUAAUUUACGGGCAGUACUGGAUCCUCGCCUGCCGCGACGGCGCUUGGCCCCGGCCACAGCGCCAGAGCAUGUGCGUCGGCGAGUUCGGCGACGGCAGGAUGCUCACGGUGCUGUGCGGGCCUUGCCCGGACGGGCGGUGCUGGAGACGGUCGUGGUGCGAGCGCCGACGAGGACCGCAUCAUCAGCUUCCGCGGCCGACGAGCGUGGUGAGCCUGGACGCGGCGGUGGUGGAGCACCUCAACGAGGAGUGUUUCGAGGGCGCGACGGGGGGCGAGGGCGGCCGGUUGCUGGCAGCGCUGUCCUGGGCCUUCGCCUCCGCGGGCAAGCAGGUGUGUAACCCCCCUCGGGCGCGGACAUGCUCCGCGGCGUUGCGCCGACUUGCUCCGGGCGAGUCGAGGUUGCCAGUUCCCGAGAGCCUGCUCUUUGUGGUGGCGAACGAGCUGAUCGCGCAGGGGGGGUUGCAGCAGGGCGCGGCGGUCUUGGCGGCGCACCACUGCUACCUUCGCCCCGGCGAGCUGCCCCGCGCAACGUGGGGGAUGAUCCACCCGCCAGUCAGUGCAAGUGGGCCAGGGGCCACAGUCACCAUCGCGCUGCAUCCCUUCGAGCUCGGCGCGAGCUCCAAGGUGGGGGAGUUCGACGAGACAGUGAAGGUGGACCGGCUACCUCUUGCGACGGCGCUCCUUCGGCUUCGACGGAUCCGCCCAGCCAGCGAGCGCCUGGCAGGGGUCGGGUCGGUUGCCCUCGGCGAGAGCGUGGCGCAGAUCAUCCGCGAGUUCGGCCUCGAGGAGGCGAUCGGCGAGUUCAUGAUGUAUCGUCUCCGUCACUCAGGGCCAAGCGCCGACUUCCUGGCAGGCUCCAGCGGGCCUGCGCGUACGUUGUUUGUGCCCUUCUUUCUAGAGAUCUUUGCAGGAACGGCUCGCGUGUCCAGGGAGAUGGCUCGGCUCGGCUUCCUGGCGAUCGCUAUCGACACUCGGUUCGGCAUGAGGAGACAGCAGAUCACGGCGGUCGCGAGCAGGAGUGACCUUCCGAACGGGGGCUGCCAGGGCGCGGCUCGCUGGCUCCUGCGCCGCAACACCAUGUCGAAGUGCGAUGGCCCGACAAGACGUCGCGAUGUCUCGAGGCUCGAUCCUGAGUGCGCCAUCAGCCACGGCCCGAGCCCCGCGCGCUGGUCCGCCCUGAACUGGGCCGCAUUUGCUCCGCCAGGCUCCCGCGGGGGUACCGAAGAUGGCGAGGUGCAGGCGCCGAAGUGGACCAUGCAGGCGAGGCGCCCAGAGGCCGCGAGGUCGACCACGCCUGGGCCUGGCGCCUACACCUCGGGCCCGGUCUCCACGAGGGGUGCCACGAAGCCGAGCGGCCCAAGUUUUGGGUUCGGCACGUCGACUCGGCUUGCUCCCAGGAGAGACCCGGACCCAGGGCCGGGGUCGUACGGCGCCCCGAAGGACCCCCGGAAGGAUGACUCGAGGGCGUACGGGUUCGGCUCCUCGAAAAGGGGUGCUGGGUACGGGUCUUCUACACCUGGACCAGGUUCGUAUCAGCCGAACGCGUUAUUGACAAGGCCAGAGUCCCCGAGCUGGUCGAGCGGCGGUGGCCGCGGCAGGGAGCAGCUGCAUUUGCGCAACGCGACGAACCCCGGGCCCGGGGCGUACUCCAGCGAGCGGGCACCCUUUAGGCAGCCGGACAAGAGCGCGCAGCCAGCGUGGGGGUUCGGGUCGAGCCCGCGGUCGAGGUCUAGAGUUCGACAUCGCAGUGUUUAAAGUCCAGUGCCAGCUGGGGUCUGCAGUCUGUCUUCAGUGAGCGCUUGCGCCAUCGAGGGGUUCGGGGGCCGUUGCAUUGACUUCAACGUGCCCUAAAACUAUGUGCAAUGUUCAUGCGGCAGGGAGAUUAUCAUAUUCACUUGACGGGCACCCACGUUCAUUUUGUAAAUUGGUCCAGAAGGCACGUGGCUGAGGGCGUUGGAUUCCCUCCUCGGUCUGCAAGGCGCGGCGGUGGUUUCAUUACCCGUCUUCUAUCUACGGCUCCCAGUUGUGAUUGGCAUGUCCUUAUCAUUAGUUCGUGGCCAUUCGGGGCAUGCAGGUCGCCUCGACUUUCGUCCGAUCGCGGUGUGGUGACCCUCACCAUUGACGAGCCCCCGUCAGCAGCAAGACCGCCCAGGGGUAGGGGAGGUGACGGGAAUCGGAGCGCAUGCAACGGGGGUCAUCGUCAACAAGGUCGGCCAAUACCUCCCGAUCCCUUCUGGCUGACCCCCCGGAUUGGGAUCUACGCAGAUACGGUCCCCACCCGUCGAGGGUUCGUAGAGGGGGGGUUAUCCCAAGGUGAGGUUGCGGAAUGAACUCAGCUGGAUGCCCACAUGCUCUUAUUCCAAGAGCCGUUUGGAGCGAUGUUCUCGUGAACCCAUCUCUGCCCGUACGUCCCCCUACGCCCUUUUCUCUCCGCUGACCCGGGGCUGGGAGGUACUGUGCGGCCAGAGGGGUUCGCGACAUGGCUCUGGCUGUCCCGGGCUGGCGCGCCUCUCUUGGCAGGAGGGAGGACGCAGGGCAAGCUCCGCCGUCAACCCUGGCCUGUCGAUCGCAACGGCGCAUGGACAUUAUGACGAGCGUCGCGGUAUAGGGCGACAGCGAACACGGUUGGACAAGUGCGAUUGCAGGUGUCCGACAGUGUGGUCGGACCAGAAGCGCCCGAGGCACAUGCAGUGCAGAUGGCACCAGCAACCCGUGCCUCUCAGGUGUCCACGCGCUCCGAUCCGUCACUGGCAGAACGAGAGCCAGGGCGGCCAUUCGCCCCCCAGCCCAGCGAGGGAGAAAGAGGUUUUGAAAGUUUGGCUCCCUGGACCGCCUGCGCCCACCUGCAGCCGUGACGACGAGAGCCCCUCCCCGGGGCCCCGAGAACUGAACACGGCCAAAAGCUCAGUCCUCGAUCCGUUCCGCCCUCGAGCUAAGCGGAGUUUUUGUUUGCGGUCUCGUGGACAAUUGUCCAUCCGAUUCCGUUCCGCAGCAUAGGCGGAACGAAGACAGGACCAGGGAACAC